AUGGCUCGGGUACAGAAGCAGAAAUUGAUUCUGGUUGGGCCUACGAGUGGAAAUGGAAACGAACUUUCUAAGAUCACUUUUCCCUUAGUAUUUACCCAUUUGUCAAACGUACUCACGAGACGGAAAUUGCGCCGAAUUUUGUGGGGAAUUGCAAGCAUCUGUAAGGAUGGGGCUCUGUACCACUGUGCCUAUACAACCAAAAAGGUGCGAAUAAUCAACCAACGUACAGGCCUCUUCCAGCCUUACAGUAUCCACCCAGAGGGGUUCCAUAUCAUCGAGAUGUUUGAAGUUGACCUCUUGAUGGACCUCUCCUAUGUUUGGGAAGAAUGGUAUAGGAGGGAUGUUGUUGAUCAUGGUAUUGGUCAGGCUGGACUCACCAUUCUCGUAAGCCUGUAUGCACAGGAAAGUGAAAAUGCGACGAUUGGAUCUAGCACUAUUGCCUGGAAGUGCCUGAGCGGGCUUAGAAGACUAGCAACCGCAGGAGGCUCAGCCUUGGAGCGAAAGCCAGUUUUCAGAAUCACGGGAUUAUAG